ACUUUUGAAUUCUUUCUCUUCCUCUUCCCUCAUUUUCCCGUCAUGGUACAGUUCAAAGAACGACUUGGGCGUCGUUCACUGCAACAAGUGUUGCUGAGACAUGAUGGCCGUGGGAUGUCAGACCAGAAACAAAGGUCGUCUUGAAAGAGACAACAAAAACGUCUUUCAUCCCAGUAACAGCAGCGGUUUUGACUACGAUUAUCAGUCUUGGGUAUUCUUACCCUUAGCAGCCUGGCUCCUGCAAGCUUGCCAGGCAUCUUAACGAUUCCCUUCAGUUCAGCCGGCGACCAUACCUAGGAGCCCGCACGAUGAUCACCUUUGAAGAUGGGUCGUCUGAAGUGUUGCCUCGUCCAGGCACCAUCGGCCGGCCCAGCUCUAAUAUCGACCACAUACGCCCUGAUACUGGUCGACAGACGGGCAGGAUUGAUUUCGGAUCCAGUCCAAAGCCUUACUCCUGCAGAGAUCAUCGCUUUGAACUGCAAUGCUUGUUUCCCGGCAAUUUUCGUACUGGCCGGGGGGGUUGCCCGUCUGGCACAACUCUGGAGCUCACAGCACAUGCAACGUCCCGUCUACGCUACCAAAGAAUCCCUUCAGUCAACGAUCCGAUGCCGAGAGAGUCAUAGCCGAAGCGCAGUACACCGAGGACUACCACAUCUUCCAGCUGUCUUGUUACACCCAGUCACCCACUAGGGAGGCUGUCAAGACAGCCGCCGCGGGCAACAGCGCAUGCCGACGCGAAACAACGCCGAGUCCGAUGAGCCGGGUUCGGUCACUGCUACUGGUCCCAUUCAGCGUGAUGAAGACCGCCAGAACGAUAACACAAACCGUGAGGUCCAGCACAUCGAGUGUUGUAGAUCAGGUACGCGACAAGAUCGACGCCUGGUGGCUCUCGAGCCGAGGACUCCGACUGUGUCUGUUACGACUGGUCAUCAGCAUCUUGAUGGUAUUCGCGAGUGCGGCUAUGGUUCGACAACUGAAAAUAACCGAGAGCCCCCAUGGGUAUGUGUUGGUGCACGUAUGCCGGUCCUGGUCGGUGUAUCAGGGCCAGUAGCUGCGGUUUGGCAAGAACUGGCCAAGAAGAUGCCUUACAGCACCGCGGUUGUCCUGCCCCUCCUAGGUCAUUCAAAUUGGUGAGAGAGUACAAAUUGACUGGGAGCUACCGGUGCGUGGCCCAGCAUGGGUUCAUUCAGACCCCGAGCUUGGAAUGAUUGGCGUGCUCUUCAGGAGAUCACGGACAAACGGGCAUCAGAGGAAGUGGUGACCCAGAGCUUGGGAGGAGGAUUCACGGUCAGAAUCGAGUGGGAGAGGUUGUCAGCGAGUAUACGUGAGUAGGUUUUCGUGCAGUCAAAACCCGAAACCCCUAUCCGUUUGUCUGGAUCAGAUGGCAGUGGGUGGAAAAUGAGGUGAAGAAUCGGCGCCACAUGACCAGCCUGCAGAAGCGCGUCCUGCAGGCACGUGGUGGGCAGGUUGGCGCGGAUGUCUUUGACAGAUGCACGGGUUCGGAGCUCGGGCCACGAUGGGCCGCUUUACCGGACGGCCUCCGAUAACCCACGGAGCUGGCCCGUUCUUCGGCUAACGGCUUCAUGCUGCAAAGCAUCGUGGCUCCCCUUACAUAGGAACAAGUCUCAAAAGUAUUU